AUGACCGUACCGAAUAGCGAACUAUGGCUCAAUCCUGCAAAGUCUCUUGCUACUCAUUCUAAGUUCUAUCCCGCAAAGAUCACGGUCGCUCACCACCAACUGCGUCAUUUCAUUAGUUCAUCAGAGAAGGACCUCAUUUACUAUGUAUCAUGCAAGGACGUCUUCGUUCUCGAUCUCGCAACCCAGCAGAACUCUUUGGUUGCAACGAUACCCUUCGAGUCCCGAUGUCUGGCUGCUGACCUAGGCUGGGUUUGUGUAGGAGGAGAACAAAAUGGAGACUGCGCUUUCAUCAAAGUCGAGAAGGACGAACAUGAUCGGCCGACAUGCUUUGGUCACGAGAUGAACGUUGACUUGUUGGGAGGAGAAAUAGUCAAUUCAAUGAGCAUCCACACAGUCUUGAACGAGGGCAAAACUUCUGACGAACCGGUCGUCCUAAUCAGUAACAACGACAAGACCGUUAAGAUCUACUCCCUCGCUCAACGGCAGGUGCUGACAACUCUACUGCAUCCUGUUCCAAUGAACUUUGCAUCCAUGUCGCCAGACUCCAAGAUCCUCGCGGCAGUUGGGGACUCAGACCAUGUGUACUUCUAUCGACGACACCUCGACGAAGACCACGACAUCAUCGAUGGCUCUUCCGGGACGUAUGCCAAAUAUCACUGGCAGAUGUUCGCCAACCCCGUGGUGCCGACUGGUGACCCCGUUUAUGACGACCACAGCUUUGCAGUGACUUUUUCGCCCUCAGGGUAUCUUUGCGCAGCUUCUUCCCAAGGCGGAUCCAUCUCGAUAUUCGACAUGCAACAUCUUCUGAGCAGCAAUGAGCCUGGGGAAUCAUCCAUAAUAUGCACCUUUAGAUCAUCGCGGCAAGCUUUGUAUGGAUGCGUCAGGUCAAUGUCCUUUUCUCCUGCACCCUGGGAUCUGUUAGUGUGGGCUGAAGACCACGGGAGAAUUGGUAUUGCGGAUGUGAGACGGUCCUGCGUCCGAAGGCAGAUACUGGACCUCGACCGUCAGAAAACAGAAGAAGUCAAGCUCGAAGAUGGAACCCCUGUUGCGUUUCGCAACAUAGGUCACAAGGAACGGUUGAUGCAGCAACGUCUCGCACGAUUAAGAGCCAUGCGUGGCUUGUCGUCCAGAGAAUUAGACAACGAGCUAAGCACUGAUGAUCUUCUGAGCGACUCUGGACAACGGCAUAAUCGCCGCGAUCUGGUCAAUUAUGAGGGCUUGGAUCUGGAUGCGCGAGAAAGAUCAAUUGUUGAGGCGCUUGACAGCACAAUGAACGUCGAACACCCCCCAACUCGCCCAUACAGUAUCAACUACACUUCUUCUUCCCCGGGCUGGAUUGCUGGAAGGAUCUCAAGUGAGGACACCUCGCAACCCCCAGGGACUGAUCGCUCUAUCAGUUCUCGCUCCCAUCAACCAAGGAGGAGAUCAUCUGUAGUUUUUUCCCAGCCCACCACCAACAGAAGCCAAUCCCCCGAUAUCAUGGUGGUGGACCCACGCAUGCUUGUAUCUGCGUCUCCAGGCCGCAUUGGAGACGACGAGGACAUACCAACCAUGUCGGCAAAUACUUUACCUCCAGCUUCAGGCUCUAACCCACAGCCAGGAACCUCUAAUAUUCCGCCCCACGACCCCUGGCAUGUCAUUCAGACAGCAGUUGAGUCGGCUCGAGCAUCGGCAGUUCGAGCAUCCGACUACCGCAAUCGCAAUCGAGCGCUUCUUGCUCGGGUGGAAAAUGCCUUGGAAGAGGAACGGGAGCUCGGGAGGCACCUUGAGCGCCAACUGGCCGAUGAAAGACAAUUAUCACUCUCGCUUCACAGAGAGCUUGAUACCCAACAGCGGCUACUCGCCGCGACCUCCAAUCGGCUUGACAAUAUUCGGGCAGCGGCAAGAGAGUCAAAUAGAGAUAUCGAGGCUACACUGGAACGGGUCCUGCAGCGACAGUUGACGCAUGAGCAACAGUUCUUACAACAGCGGUCGCAUCAGUUGCAGGUUGAAUUGAGAUUCGGAACGGAGUAUUCGAGGAGACUGGAAACUGAGCGGGACAGGAUCUUGCUGGGUGGAUCUGGAAGUGAUCAAACGCCAAAUACCAGCACUUUCGAUCCUUCAGGUUCAAGCUCGGCUCAGACUACGACGCUGCCCACCAUAAACCUGAGAUCGUCCAAUCAGUCAGACAACGCUUCCAAUGUCCUCACCGAGUAUUCCGAAAUCAGCGUUGACAGACUGGCGCACAUCGAACAAUUGGAACAACAGAUACGCAGAGCAGAGUCACGGGUAGCUCAGGCAGCCAUUGACACCGAAGCUCUGGCAAACGCCAUGCAAAGCAGGCUGGACGUGGCAGAAGCUCGAUUAGCAUCGCUCAGAAGUCGGACUACAGCCAAUGCCAACGAAGUGACUACCGCAAACCACACUACUAACGUUCGCACAUCGCCAAGAGAGCUCGAACCCGCCAGCCGCCCUCCAAUAGCCACGACCAGCAUGCGCAGAGGUCCCAUGACCAUGACUCCAGGCCCGCGAGCCCAGCGCGGUGGCGUUAGUGAUGCAGGACGUAUUGAUAUUGUCAGAUCUGGAGUCGCCGGUCGCAUUCCUGAUGCGGACAUGCGUUUGGCUCGUAUUAUGUUUCUAAGUGGCAUGUCCGGGAACAGAUCGCUCGAUGCGAAUGGCAAUUGGAUGCCUCCCGCGGCUGGUUCGGGUUUGCAACGAGUUCUGGGUGCUGGUGGGAGGUCGACGGGUGCAGCGGUAGUAGCAAGUGAGAUUGAGCUAGGCACCACGGGAAUCGGGUUUAGUCCGGAUGGACAGUUCCUGUAA